AUGUUCUGCUUGAUUUUAAUAGUUUCAUGUUAUGCUCGAUUAAUUUUAUAAGACCUCGAAGAUAUGAAAUAUUAGCCAGAAGAAUCUUAACUUCCAAAGCAAUAUUGUAAAAAUCAUGACUCAAAAACAAAAUAUGGUUAUUUGCAUGUUCCUAAUGGUGCAAUAAGUUUUAUUUAUUACUAAGGAGAAGGUUAAUAAAAUAUCGUUUAUAUAAAUGGUGGUCCAGGAUUAUCUAGUCAAGUAUCAAAUUACUUGGAGAUAGGACCUCAUUCUGGAUAAUGGAAUAAUUUUAGUAAUCUACUAUUUAUGGAUUUACCAGCAGGAACAGGUUAUGGGAGAACAAAUACAACAAAAAAUUUAACAUAUGAAGAAGUGGCAAUAGAUUAUGAAAUAGCAAUGAAUGAAUUCAACAAUUUAUGCAAAGUGAAUUAUAAAGAUGUAAUUCUAUUUUCAACUGAUUUUGGUGCUAGAUUUGCAUUAGCAAUAGCAAAUAGAAGCAAGAGUAUAAAAUGUGUAGGUUUGUUAGAUCCUUUUUUAGAUACAUUAAAAAUAGUAGCAGAAAUUCCUAAUUAUGCAUUUCAUUUAGGUGUAAUUGAUUAUUAAGAGCUAAUAUAUUUUGAGAAAGCAGUAAUAAAGUUGAGUGAUGAUAUAAUUAAUGGGGAUUAUUAACAUGAGAAUGCUAAAUUCUUUAAAUUACUUUAUUAUUUAAGUGGGAAUAUUUCACUUUAUAAUGUAUUAGAAUAAAAACUAUAUUCAGAGGAUGAAGAUAAAUUAGAAUAUGCAUUGAAUAAUCCAGAUUCACUUUAUUAUAUUCCAUUCGAAACAGAAUUUGUGGCUCGUUCAUAAACUGUGUUUGAUUAAUUUAAAUAUAAUUAUUUUGAGCCAUUUGAUAACAAUAUGUAAAUAAUUAGAUAAAUAUUUAGUAUACAACAUUUACUUAAUCAUAAAAACAUUCUGAUUUAUCAAUCUUAAUUUGAUAUGCUUAUUCCUCCUUCAGGAACUAUGUAAUGGUUGAUAUCAAUCAAUUAUGAAUUAGAUGAUUUCUUUUAUUAGAGUCAGUUGACUAAAUAAAUGAAGGAUGAUUAACUUAUUGGUUUAUGGAAAAGGGGAGGUUACUUAGAAUAUUUAAUUGUAUUAAAUACAGGAUAAGUAAUGCAUAGAGAUAAUCAUAAUACUUCAAUGAGUUUAAUUUAAUAUUAUUUGGAAAGUAUUAUUUGAUUAAUAUUAUUUAAUUA